AUGACCCUCCCUCACGCAUCAUCCAGCUCCGCACAGCCUCAUGGUUUCCUCUCUCCUAUCGAUCCACCAGGUCGACUAUCGCGCCGGCUUUCUGGUUUCUCGGUAUCAGAUCAGAGCGACAAUGGGGCUGGAGACGGAGCAGCUACAACGAACCAUCCAACUCCAGCGGUGACGGAAGAGAUCAAUGAGAUCAAACGAUACGAAGAUUUUACAACGAUUGACUGGGUGCAAGAUGAGGUGCAAGAGCAGAUUCGUCGUCGGGCUCGAAGGAGAGAAGGUCAUGGCUUUUGGGAUCAAGAGGGAACUUUUGGUUGGCGCCGGAAGCUAUGGGAGUCCUACGAUGCAGGUCAAGCCUGGCUCGUUGUGACGCUCGUUGGUGCGGCGAUUGGACUGAAUGCUGCUUUUCUCAAUAUCGUCACGGAGUGGUUAUCGGAUAUCAAGCUUGGAUAUUGCAGUACAGGGUUCUACUUGAAUGAGCAAUUUUGUUGUUGGGGUGCGGAUGGCGGCUGUCCGGAGUGGCACCGAUGGGGUGGAAAUGCCUUGUUCAACUAUAUAGUAUACUUUCUUUUUGCGGUAACAUUUGCUUUUAUGUCUGCUUUCCUGGUCAAGUCAUUUGCGCCGUACGCAGCGGGCUCUGGAAUUUCAGAAAUCAAAUGUAUCAUAGCUGGGUUUGUGAUGAAGGGGUUCCUGAGUGCAACUACUCUCUCCAUAAAAUCAAUUGGCCUACCGCUUUCGAUCGCGUCCGGACUGUCAGUUGGGAAAGAAGGACCUAGUGUACACUACGCUGUGUGUACUGGAAAUGUGAUUUCACGAUUUUUCAACAAAUACAGAAGAAACGCUGCCAAAACGAGGGAAAUUUUGACCGCUUCGGCUGGUACUGGCGUUGCAGUGGCUUUUGGCAGUCCAAUUGGUGGAGUGUUGUUUUCUCUCGAGGAAAUGUCGACUUCUUUCCCGCUUAAAACUCUUUGGAGAAGCUACUUUUGUGCCUUAAUAGCAACUGGCGUGUUAGCGGCAAUGAACCCCUUUAGGACCGGUCAGCUAGUCAUGUUCCAGGUCAAAUAUGACCGUACCUGGCAUUUCUUCGAGUUAAUAUUCUUCGUGAUUCUCGGUGUCUUUGGUGGCUUAUAUGGAGCUCUUGUCAUAAAAUGGAACCUACGAGUAGCAGCUUUCCGCAAAAAGCACCUUGGACCUUAUCCUGUGACAGAAGCAGUGGUCCUUGCUGGCGUGACCGCAUUACUCUGCUAUCCAAACAUUUUCCUCAGGAUCAACAUGACACAAGCUAUGGAGGUGCUAUUUCGAGAAUGCGAAGGUGACAAUAACUAUGAAGGUAUUUGCGAGAAACAAAACCGCUGGUCGAUAGUGUUCUCGCUCCUCAUUGCUACCAUUCUUCGUGUUUGCCUAGUCAUCGUUUCCUACGGAUGCAAAGUUCCUGCCGGUAUAUUUGUCCCCUCAAUGGCGAUAGGCGCAUCAUUUGGAAGGAUGGUUGGGAUUCUUGUUCAAGCUUUGCAUGAAUCGUUUCCGGAUUCUAGUUUCUUUGCUGCCUGUGAGCCGGACGUUCCUUGCAUCACACCUGGGACAUAUGCUUUUCUAGGUGCCGCUGCAGCACUUAGUGGCAUUAUGCAUCUUACCGUGUCUGUUGUGGUCAUCAUGUUUGAACUUACCGGCGCUUUAGUUUACAUUCUCCCGACUAUGAUUGUUGUUGGAGUUACCAAGGCUGUUAGUGAACGUUUCGGACAUGGUGGCAUUGCAGAUCGGAUGAUCUGGUUCAAUGGAUUCCCAUUCCUCGACAAUAAAGAAGAACAUGUCUUCAAUGUCCCCGUCUCACGCGUCAUGACUGGAAGUCCUCUCUCUCUGCCAGCUUCUGACUUGCCUGUCCGUGAAGCAGAACACUUGUUGAACGACAACAAAUUCCAAGGCUUCCCGAUUGUCGAGGACCGAACAAGUAAAACCCUGGUCGGAUACAUUGGCCGUACAGAGCUUCGCUACGCCAUCAACAAGGCGAGACGCGUGCAGCCACUAUCGCCGAAUGCUACAUGCAUAUUCACGCACGAGACCACAUCAACUACGAGCAGGAUGCACAGUCCGGCCCCCAGAACACCAGGCCCAUACCUGGAUGCCCCGCAGACAUUCGAGGAAUUGGAAAACGCGACCGGAUCAAAAACCGUAGAUUUUACGCCGUAUGUUGACCAUACUCCGCUCUCCGUACACCCUCGACUCCCUCUCGAGACCGUUAUGGAACUAUUCAAGAAGAUGGGGCCGCGUGUUAUCCUAGUUGAGCAACGUGGUAAAUUGAUGGGUCUAGUCACAGUCAAGGACUGUCUCAAGUAUCAAUUCAAGGUCGAAGCGCAGGAGAAUGCAACCACAGCAAACGGGUCAACUGCAGCUGGAAGUCACGACGAAAAUGAAGCGGCGGUCGCCACACUUGAAGAGAAAGUGUGGGCCUUUUUGCAAAAAGUAGGCCAAACACUCCGACUCAUCCGGACUCGGAGCAUCAGGCUUAAUGGAUCUUCGAGGUUGAGACAUGGACGGAAUGAGCGCCCUGAGAAUACAGAUGAGCAUGAAUAUGGUAUUCUUGAAGGUACCGAGGAAGACAAUCCUUUGGAACUAGAAGAUCGGGUUAGAUGA